CUGACAUCUGUGAUUUUUCGGUCAUUCACUUUUUAAAUUAUUUUGAUUUGCAAAUAAAUAAUAAGAUAAAUAGUUUUCGAUAGCAAAAUUUAUGUAAUUUUAUCAUUUAUUAUUGAAGCAGAUAUUAAUUACUCAAGAUCAAGAGAAAGAAGUGUAAUUAUACUGUAGUAGUGAAUCUCCUAUACAGGGUUUUCUAUGUGUUUGUGAUUCUAAUGAAGCCAAAAUAUUGGAAAUAUGAGUUUUAUAAGUGAUUUGAGCCAAACUCAGGAAUACCUCAGCUUCCGAAGCAGCGUACCAUUACGAAGGAUAGUUGUAGAUUCAGAAAACUCCAAGGGAUGGCGACUAUAUGACUGUGGCCCUAAGAAAGUUACCUGUCCCUUGAUAUGUCUACCACCUGUAUCAGGUACAGCUGAUAUCUUUUUUAAGCAAGCAUUAGCCCUAUCAGCAAAAGGAAUUAGAGUUAUUUGUGCUGAAGCACCUGUUUACUGGAAUGUGAGAGAAUGGUGUGAAGGAUUUAAGAAGCUACUGGAUUACUUGGAGUUGGAUAGAAUCCAUAUUUUUGGGUGUUCUUUAGGUGGGUAUUUAGCUCAAAAGUUUGCUGAAUACACAGUGAACUGCCCACGUGUGUCUUCCUUAAUAUUAUGUAAUACUUUCACUGAUACCUGCAUCUUCAACAAUCAUGAUUCAGCUGCAAUAUACUGGAUAUUACCCGCCUUAGUUUUGAAACGAAUGAUUAUGGGAAAUUUUUCCUCUGGUAAAGUUGAUCCUGAGAUGAUAGGAGCUAUAGACUUCAUGGUUGAAAGGCUUGAAAGUCUUACACAAACAGAACUAGCAAGUAGGCUAACUUUGAACUGUCUAAAAGGGUAUGUUGAAGCCCAUAAGCUCUCUGAUGUUCCAAUUACCAUCAUAGAUGUAUUUGAUGAAUGUGCUCUCUCAAGUUCAGUUCGAGAAGAACUAUACAAAUGUUAUCCCCAUGCUAAGUUGGCACAUUUGAAGUCUGGUGGAAAUUUUCCAUAUUUGAGCAGGAGUGGAGAGGUGAACCUUCAUUUACAGAUACAUCUGAGGCAAUUUGAUAAUACUCCUUACAGUGCCGCAGAUAGACCUCUUGUUAACAGGAACAGAACCUAAGGUAACGGUAAGACUGAUACAUUGAAUUUGUUAUUAUAUUGUGCCAAUUGUGUGAUCAAUCAUUAGGAUAAGCUUGAAGUAUCAAUUAUGAUGUGCAAUAGCAAUUGACAUUGACAAGAAAAGUCAUAUGAUUACUUGUAAUGAUAAUCAUAGUAGUAACAUCAAUGAAUUUGCUCAUAUUUUUAUAUUAUGUUUCAUAUCUGAAAGAAUAUUAGAUGCUAGAAAAUGGGGACGAAUGAUCAGUGAGGAUGCUUUUCAACCUUAUGAAUGUCAGCUUUAUUUGUGGAAUAAUUUUCCCAUACUCAAAUCAGGAACUGCUCUAAUAUUAAGUUUCUACUUCUACAUAGAAAUUCUUUUGUAUCAGCCAGUGCUGGUCAAACGUCUAAAUAGUGCUUCUGGUUGUUAUUUAUAUUCAGGUUUUUGUGAAUUUUCUGUAUCUGCGUCUUAAAAAUAUUGGUUUUGUGAAAAGAGAAAGUGUAUUGGUUGGUGUGGAAUGAUAAUUUUAGGAAAAUCUAAGAAUAUACUUGCAUAUUAUAUCAUUCAUUAACGUAUUCUACCUGAAGAUAGUCAAUACUAGCUUAUUGGAGAUGAAAUAAGAUACAGUAUAGUGUUAUCUAUGAGAAUUUGUCAUAGCUAUCAUUAUCCUAUCCGCAAUGAUUAUAUACUUUGAAAACGUUAGUGUCUCAUAGAUGGCGCUGUAACCAACUAUACAGUACCACUUACGAGACACUAACCUUUCCAAAGUAGACUCCCAAUUAUUGGGGAGAGGAUAAACCUCGUUGAGACAAAAUCUCGUAGAUGGCGCUACAGUAUCUCAUUUUAGCUCGGAUAAUUUUUUGGAGGCGUAAAUAUAGUACCUGUUUGGUUAUCUUCAGGUAGAAUACGUUAAUCAAUGAUUAUAAACCUUACUACUUUAUUGCUCUGUUAAUGGUCAAUUUUUUCAAUAUUUUAGUUUUGUAUCCAACAUCACUCUUAUCCUAUCAUUUUAUAGCUGUUUAUACCGUUAAUUAUAUUUGUACCAAAAAUUAUAUGUGAUAAUGGCUGAAUAGAUAUCUAUGAACGAAAAUAGUUUGUGUAUAUGUGUUACAUUAGGAUAUAUGACUAAUAUUCCCAUAUCGUGUUGUAUGUAAAAUGUAUACAGAAUGAUACAGAAUGCAGUGCGCGGAUUUUUUUGUCGUUUUCAAAUAAGGUAUAGUCGUUUGAGACGCUAUUUUAAUAAGAGUUUUUUUAUUCUUAAAAUAUAUAUUUCUAUUCAUUGUUUGUAUAAAUUCAUUCCUUUUUUCUUCGCCAUUCUGGUAUUUUCCUGAAAAGAUGAUGUGAUAUUAACCACUUAUUUUUAUCGAAGCUAUAAGAUGUUUUAUCUCUAUCUCUGGAGAUUGAAGUUGCUAUACCUCUGUAUCGAUCGAGGAUCGUAGGGAGCGUAAAUGGUAACCCUCCCUCCCCCGCUUUACCAAAGAAGAGAAUGCUGGAUGGCAGCACCGAGCCAGUGUUGCCAUUUGUACCUAUUUUCCAAAGAGUAGUCUUAUCAAGGGAACAAAUUUCGCGGAUAUCUCUUAUAAUCCGCCGGUCGCCUCCUUUGACCUUGGGUUUCUUCAGCAUUAUAGUACGGGAACCGACCGCCAAGUUUUUGUUAUAUCAACGCAUCAUGACACGAUACCAGAAAAACUGGUGAAAAAAGCUUAC